GGCCAGACUUUGCUACCCAAACCAUCCCAGAUCCCUGCAAGACAGUCACAGGCAUGAUGCUGUCCCCAACGGCCCUCCCCAGCGUGUCCUGGAUGCUGCUCUCCUGUCUAGUGCUCCUGUCUCAGGUCCAAGGUGAAGACUCCCACAAUAAACCAUCCUCUCCAAGGAUCAGCUGUCCCAAAGGCUCAGUGGCCUAUGCCUCCCAUUGCUAUGCCUUGUUUAUGACACCAAAAUCCUGGUUUGAUGCAGAUAUGGCCUGCCAGAAGCGGCCCUCAGGACACCUUGUGUCUGUGCUCAACGGGGCUGAGGGAUCCUUCCUGUCUUCUCUGGUCAAGAACAUAGUGAACAGCUACUCAUACAUCUGGAUUGGGUUCCAUGACCCCACACUGGGCUAUGAGCCUAACGGAGGGGGAUGGGAGUGGAGCAGCGGUGAUGUGCUGAAUUACCUUGCCUGGGAGAGAGAUCCUACCACGGUCUCAAAUCCUGGACACUGUGCGACCCUGUCAAGAAGUGCAGGAUUUCUGAGGUGGAGAGAUUAUAACUGUGAGUUGAAGUUACCCUACGUCUGCAAGUUCAAGAGCUAGGGCGGCUGGAAUUUCAUCAGCCUGAGUUGGGUUUGCAGCAGAUCAUGGAUUUAGGACCCCAUGUGAAGACCAUCGCACCAAUGGACUAUUCUUCCCCACAACCCCAAACCAGACCACCUCAUUUUAACCCUCCCUGGUCCUCUCUUUCCUUUACUUGCAUUUCAGGCUCUUCUUUGUAUUUCAUAUACUGAGGUCUGAGACCCAACAAUAAAAAUGUUAAUUUAUA